CCGCCGCACCGCGCGGGCCCUGCGCUCCGCCCCGGCCGGGGCCGCGGGGGCGCUCGGAGUCCCGCCCGCACGGCGCGCACACACACGCGGGGAUACACUCACGCACACCGGGACACGCGGACACACGCACACGGGGCACUGGGACACAGACACGGACAUAGACACGGGCACACGGAAGCGCACCCCGCGCCGCAAACAUGGCGCUGGUGCCCUGCCAGGUGCUGCGCGCCGCCAUCCUCCUGUCCUAUUGCUCCAUCCUGUGCAAUUACAAGGCCAUUGACAUGCCCGCGCAUCAGACCUAUGGAGGCAGCUGGAAAUUUCUGACCUUCAUAGACCUGGUUAUCCAGGCUGUCUUCUUUGGGAUUUGUGUCUUGACUGACCUGUCCAGUCUUCUCACUAGAGGGAAUGACAGUCAAGAGCAAGAGAGGCAGCUGAAAAAACUCAUUUCCCUCCGUGACUGGAUGAUGGCUGUUCUAGCUUUCCCUGUGGGAGUGUUUGUUGUGACAAUGUUUUGGAGCAUCUAUAUCUAUGACAGGGAACUGGUUUACCCAAAGCUGCUCGAUAAUUUUAUACCAGCAUGGCUGAAUCACGGAAUGCACACAACAGUUUUGCCCUUUGUAUUAAUCGAGAUGAGAACAACACAUCAUCAGUAUCCCAGCAGGAGCUGUGGACUGGCUGCAGUGUGCACCUUCGCUGUUGGCUAUAUUUUAUGGGUGUGCUGGAUUCACCACGUUACAGGAGUGUGGGUGUACCCGCUUCUUGAGCACCUCAGCCCAGGUGUCAAAAUAAUCUUUUUUGCAGCUGUUACCAUAAUAAUUAAUGUAUUCUACUUGGUGGGAGAAGUCCUGAACAACUACAUCUGGGAUACACAAAAAUGUAUUGAAGAAGGAAAAGAAAAGCCAAAAUCGGAGUGAACAAUAAGAGGCAACACAGAGGAUUGUUUAUAGUUCCAUGGAAGAUUUCUCAUCCCCAACAGAGCUUGGCCUGGAGAGGAAUCUUCUGGAAAGGAGGAAGUUUCAUGGGCCCACUUCUCAGUGCAAGGAUAUUUUUGGAUUUUAUAUGGGGGGAAAAUUAUUUUAGCUAAGAAUAAUAUUAAUGUUUCAAACUUCAGUUUCUCCAUGCUUGCAUGUGACAUACACAUAUAAGAUGUAUAUUUAUCUCCAAGGCAUUCUCAACGUGCAUUUCUUGAAUCAAAUAAGUCAUUAAACCAUUAAGUCAUUAGAUCUUUUUACUUCUGCCAAGAAGAACAAUGAGUCCAUUCUCUGUAUUGUUUGAGAAAAGCUUAACCAGAUAGGCCUAAUACAGGGAAACAAAGCAAUCCUAUGUAUUUCAAAUUACAGCAUAGAAGUUAAUUGCAUGAAUGUAUCUGAAGAAGAGUUCAGUCUGACUGAAAUAUUAAUGUAACACUAUGUAACAGCUGCCUUAAAUUCGUUAUGUUAAUAAUUUUACCAGUUCAGUGAAAUCUUACUUGCAGUGUUAAGAUCUUUAGACCUAAAUAAAAAUGAAAUUAUCCUUGCA